AUGAAGUCCUUCUCCCCCGUCGCUUUCGCCUUGAUCGCCGCCCUUGGUGUGAGCGCUGCUGAUGUCUCCGCCUCUGAGUGUGCUUCCAUGUGUCUCUCCAACAUGAGCAAGCAGGCUGCCGACUUGGGCUGCAAGGCUGAUGAUAUCGCCUGCCUGUGCAAGUCCGAUAACUACAAGUUCGGUAUCCGUGACUGCACCAAGGAGGCCUGCCCCAGCGAUGACGCCGAGAAGGUUCUCGCUAUGGCCGUCGCUAAGUGCCCUGGCGGUGUUGCUGGCUCUGACGCCACCGGCUCCGACUCCAAGUCCAGCUCUGCCACUGGCUCUGACUCUAGCUCCACCAGCUCUGGCUCCGAUGCCACUGCCACUGGCUCUGACUCCGUGACUGCCACUAACGCCUCUGGCUCCAAGACUGCCACCGGCUCCGGUGCCACUGCCACUGGCUCCGCCACCGGCUCCGCUACUGGCUCUGGCGCUUCCGGCUCCGGCUCCUCCAUGGUCACCAAGACCAGCACCAGCACCGGUGCCAACGGUACUGCCACUACCACCACCACCUCCGCUGUCUCCGGCUCUGGUUCCGACUCUGACAGCAACGGCUCCGGCUCCGGCUCCAAGUCUGGCUCUGACUCUGACUCCGGCUCUGACAGCGACGGUUCCAGCUCUGCUUCCGGCUCUGCUGCUCCUUCCUCCAGCGAGGGUGCCGCUGCCCCCAUGGCCACUGUUGGUAGUGGUGCUAUGGGUGUCCUCGGUAUGCUCGCUAUCCUCGCUCUGUAA